AUUGACAAAUCAGACUCUCAGAGCUUUCAAGAGAUGGAGUAUUGGAAUGCCAACUAACUAUUUCUACAGUUCUAGAGAGAGAAAGAAACAACAUAUUUGUUUUUAGGAGAGAAAUAUUGGGUGAUGAAAAAGAAAGAAUCAUGGCCCUGUAUUUCAAGAAAUUCCAUAUUCCUCUGAUUCCCCAAAGGACAAGAUAGCAUAUGGUGCCAAAAACAACCUCUUUUUUUGUCGCCGACGCAGCCAUGGAAAAGUUCUUCAAGACAACAACUUUAAUCCCAAAAUUCACCCACUUCUGCAACAAAACCCUAGACCACAGAGCCUGUACACUUCCUCCUAAGUCCUAACGCACUUUGAAGAGAUUAGGAGAUUUGGGGUCCCCAAGCCUGCAUCUUUUCUUAGGAGCUUUGGUGGGUUUUCAGUCUACUUUAAAACCCAGUUUGGAAUAUGAUUUUGCCGAUUUGUAUGAUUGUUGAUUCACGGGAGAAACGGGAGUUCUAGCUCUGGUCUGUCAUAGAUCUCGUGGCAGUUGAUUGAAAAAAAUUCUUAUAUUCCAAAUCUCGGCACGCCCAAGUUCAAUUUCUAUGUUGAUGGCAGGUAUGGUUCAAGAGGAGGGAGCAUCAUCUGUAACUUCAUCACCUCUUCAGUUUCUUUCCUGGAUGACUCUCUCUCCUGGAUUAGGAUCGCCUUACCCUUGGCUGAGGGAGCUUAAAUCUGAAGAAAGGGGUUUGUGUCUGAUCCAUCUUCUUGUCACAUGCGCUAACCAUGUGGCCGCUGGUAGCAUUGAAAAUGCAAAUAUUGGCCUUGAGCAUAUCUCUCAUCUUGCUUGUCCUGAUGGUGACACAAUGCAGCGUAUAGCUGCUUACUUCACCGAGGCUCUUGCAGACCGUAUGCUUAAAGGUUGGCCAGGCCUGCACAAAGCCCUGAAUUCCACAAAAAUAUCAUCUGUCUCCGAAGAAAUUCUUGUUCGAAGAUUGUUCUUCGAGCUUUGUCCCUUUUUAAAGAUUUCAUAUGUGAUCACAAAUCAGGCCAUCGUUGAAGCUAUGGAAGGAGAGAAGAUGGUUCAUGUUAUUGAUCUCUAUUCAUUUGAGCCUGCCCAGUGGCUUAAUCUUCUUCAGAUGUUAAGUGCUCGGCCGGAAGGCCCACCUCAUUUGAGAAUCACAGGUAUUCAUGAGCAGAAAGAGGUGUUAGAUAAUAUGGCUCUACGUUUGACAGAAGAAGCUGAAAAAUUAGACAUCCCAUUCCAAUUCAAUCCUAUAGUGAGCAAACUAGAGAAUAUUGAUCUUGAAAGCUUGCAUAAGACUGGAGAAGCUCUUGCUGUCAGUUCUGUACUUCGGCUGCACUCUCUCUUGGCAAAUGAGGACGAGAUACUUAGGAAAACUUCUCCAUCGGCAUCAAAGAGUUCAAACCCUAAUCAAUUACAGAGAGCCUUGCAGAUGGGCCAUCGGACCUUGGGAGAAUGGCUUGAGAGAGAUAUGGUUCAUGUGUAUAGUCCGAGUCCAGAUUCAGCAUCUGCGUCAUCUCCACUGUCUCUAUCUACUUCCCCGAAAAUGAGUAACUUUCUAAGUGCACUUUGGAGCCUUUCACCAAAACUGAUGGUAAUAACUGAGCAGGAGUCAAACCAUAAUGGGUCUACUUUAAUGGAGAGGGUCAUGGAAGCAUUGAACUUUUACGCUGCACUGUUUGAUUGUUUGGAGUCUACUGUAUCAAGAACAUCGUUAGAGCGUCAAAAGGUUGAGAAGAUGCUUUUGGGAGAAGAAAUUAAGAAUAUCAUCGCAUGUGAAGGCGCUGAGAGGAAGGAGAGGCAUGAGAAGCUUGAGAAGUGGAUUCUAAGGCUAGAAUUUGCAGGCUUUGGAAGGGUGCCUUUCAGCUACCAUGGUAUUAUGCAGGCAAGAAGAAUGUUGCAGGGCCAUGGCUAUGAUGGAUAUAAUGUCAAGGAAGAUAAUGGUUGUUUGGCGAUGUACUGGCAAGAUCGGCCACUCUUUUCAGUUUCUGCCUGGAGAUUUAGGAGGUAUGAUUAAGACCUAUUAACAUCAAGGAUUGUGUUUAUUUGCUUUCCUUAUAGUUCUUUUUUCCUCUUUUUCCCCCAUUGCCCCCUUCUCUUGUAUAAAGAAACUUGAGUUCAACUCUGUGAGUGCAUGGUGUUCUGCAAAAAUGUUUGGAGGAUAUUUAUCUUGGCUUUUGAUUUUCUUUUCGUUCUUUGUUUACGGAUUUCCUUUUUAAUCUGUUGCUGAGAAAUUAAUUUCAUUUCC